AUGGGUUACAAAGCCGCUAUUGUCCUAGGGCUACUCCCUCAGUUGCUCUCUGCUAGCGUUGUCUGCAGCUUCUCCGUGGCGGCCAGCAAAGGCGAUACUUGCGAAUCCUUCGCUGCAUCCUGGGGACAAACCCUUGAAUCGUUCAAAUCCUUGAAUCCCGGUGUCUCAUGCCCGACCGUCACCGCUGGCCAGAGCUACUGUGUCAUUGGCACCGUUACGGACGACCCAAAGACCACGACUACAACAACCUUCACGACGCUGAAAACCACGAAUACUGCGACCACAACAACAUCCCCCUCCAAGUACCAGCCAACCCAGCCUGGCGUGCCUUCCAACUGUGACAAAUUCCAUCUCAUUGCAUCUGGUGACCAGUGCGACACGAUUGAGGCCAAGUUGCCCAACCUCUGGCUGGACUACUAUGUUUGCGUGCACGUCCCGGGCGCUACAACCGCCAGCUCGUCGCCCCAUCCGACGCCCACGGGACCACAGCCACAAAUGCCUGGAAUCGUGAGCAACUGCAAGACCUUCUAUAAGAUCAAGUCUGGCGACAGCUGUUACACCAUUGACUCCGCUGCGGGCAUCACACUUGCUCAGUUCCGCACGUGGAAUACCCAGAUUGAUGCCACUUGCUCUAACUUGUGGGUGGACUACUAUGUGUGCAUUGGGGUCUAG